CCAAAAGAAAAUCAAACCCAACCACGCGACUUAAACUCUGCGCAUGAAGUACGACAACCCAGCUUCGUAGUGGAAAAGCCAUGGACGCCGUCGUUUGAAAAAGAAUCCAUGUUUUGCUUCUGGUAUUCGAACACAAUCAAUAGGUCGGGUUUUCAUUUGAUUCAGUAGGCUUCCAUGGAGAGAGAGGGAGCUGUGGAUGAGAGAGGCACGCAAUGAGUUGGCAUCGAAUCAUGAAAUCAACGCCGAGAGGGGCUUGUAGAUUUUGUUGCAAAGGUAUCGAGCUGGAACACGAGAAUCGUGGGUACGCGUGAUUCUCGGGAAGAAGAAAGACUCGUGGCGGCACCUGUAAAGGAGAGGAGUGGACCGCAAUUGUGAGAGAAAAGGGAAGGUUGCUGCGGGCUUCUUGUAUUUGGUAUACGGGGAGGGCGAACGGGAAGAGGAAGAUGGAUGUUUGGGUCUGUUAUUGAGUAAAAAUGGAGACUGAACAGUGACAGUGAUUCAGAGAGAUAGAAAGAUGAAGAUUUUCAGGGUUGAGAAGUGCCAGAACAGUGAGGAAAAAUGUCUGAGGUGAAUUUCGGGUAUUGAUUGGAAAAUCAGAGGAAAAAAGUGGAGACCGUGAGCAAGAGAGUGUGAGCCGAGAGGGAGGAUUUUGGUAAACUUUUGGGUUUCUUUUUCAGGUCCGUGUGCAACGUUGUGUAGAGAGAAGAAGUGAAAGAAGGAUUUGCUCUUUGAUUUCAGAGCAGAUAUAUCUAAAUUUAAAUUCAACGAUCGAAGCUCUUUUAUUGAAGAUGGCAACCAGGCCAGUGGAGAAACGAGUCAAGUACAAAACUUCAGUGAAAGAUUCGGGUACUCCUGGUUUCCUCAGAAUGAGGGAAGAGAUGUUUAUAUUCAUCCCCAAUGAUCCAAGGUCAACUACAAAGCUCAAAGUGCAGCUUCAAACCAUAAAAGGUCAAAAACACACCAAGGAGGGAUCAAAUAAACCACCCUGGCUUAAUCUAAGCAAUAAGCAGGGUGGAAGUUACAUAUUUGAGUUUGAAAAUUAUUCUGAUCUCCAAGUUUGCCGAGAUUUUGUGGGCAAAGUCCUUGCAAAAGGUGAAGAUACGUAUGAGAAACCUACCAUAACAUCUCAUGAUGAGCAACUCAGUGCAGCAGAAAUGGAGCUCCGAAUCAAGCUGUUGCGAGAAAAUAGUGAGUUGCAGAAAUUGCAUAAGCAAUUUGUGAUAAGUGGCGUCUUGACAGAAGCCGAAUUUUGGGCAACUAGAAAAAAGUUGCUUGGUGGGGAAUCCAACAAGAGGUCAAAGCAACAGGUUGGUCUUAAAAGUGGCAUGGUUUCAGAUAUCAAACCAUCCACUGAUGGUCGGACGAACAGAGUCACAUUUAACCUGACGCCCGAGGUCAUUUUUCAGAUAUUUGCUGAGAAGCCAGCUGUUCGGCAGGCAUUCUUAAAUUUUGUUCCAAAUAAGAUGUCCGAAAAAGAUUUCUGGACCAAAUAUUUUAGAGCAGAAUAUCUCCAUAGUACAAAAAAUGCUGUUGCUGCUGCAGCAGAGGCUGCUGAAGAUGAGGAGCUUGCUGUUUUUCUGAAGCCUGAUGACAUAUUGGCCAGUGAAGCUCGGAGAAAGAUUAGACGAGUUGAUCCAACUCUUGACAUGGAUGCUGAUCUGGGGGAUGAUUACACACAUGUAGCUGAUCAUGGGAUCUUUCGUUAUGAAAUCAAGGAAGCAACCGAAGAACUGAAUGACUUAUACAGGAGGACUCUGUCGCAAGACCUUAAUCGCCAUGCUGCAGUUGUUCUUGAAGGGAGAGCUGUAGACAUUGACUCAGAAGACACAAGGACUGUAGCAGAGGCGCUUGCGCGGGCAAAACAAGUAAGUAGGGCUAAUGUGGAAAUUGAUGGAGGGGAAAACCAGGAGAGAUUGGAUAGAAUUUCCCGGAUGACGGAGAUGGAGGAUCUUCAGGCACCCCGUGACCCUCCUUUGGCAGCACUUUGCAUCAAGGAUCCUCGAGAUUAUUUUGAUUCUCAACAAGCUAAUCACGCAGAAGCGUAUGAAUCUCUUAAAGAAAUCAUUUCUCUGGUUAAAGCCAAAGGCUUGAGUAAUCCCAUACUCAAAUCAGACGUGGCUUUUAAGGUUUUUAAUGGUUUAACGCAUAAUAUAUCAAGUGCUAAAUAUCAUUUAGGGAAGAAUCCUCAGGAGAGUGUCCUGGACAGGUUACCAAACUCAACAAAAGAGGAACUUCUGCAUCACUGGACAUCUAUUCAAGAAUUACUGAAACAUUUCUGGUCAUCGUAUCCAAUUACUGCUACACAUCUUCAGAUUAAGGUUGGUAGACUGAAGGACGCUAUGUCAGAUAUUUAUCCACAGCUAGAGGCAUUGAAGGAAUCAGUGCAAUCUGAACUCCGGCACCAUGUUUCUCUCCUUGUUCGUCCAAUGCAGCAGGCUCUGGAAGCGGCUUUUCAGCAUUAUGAUGCAGAUUUGCAGAGAAGGUCAUCCAAGGUUGGGGAGAGACCAAACGGAUAUUAUGUCUAAUGGAACGGCUACUCCAUUUAAUCUAAAGAUUUUUGCUGCAACAUAAUGUUCCUCCCUUUUGCAGCUACUACGAUGGUCGAUCAAAACAAUUUUUAUUGAGUUCCAUAUAAAUAUUUUCCGGCCCAUUUCUCGAUCCAUUGAAAUAUGAGUGCAAUUUAAGGUUUUAAACUUAUCAAACACACAAUUAUUACAGUUGAGCCAAAUUGAAAGUUGUUAAAAGAAGAUUGCGGCAGUUUCGCUUUUUUCUUUUAAUUUAUUGAAAUUCAAGUCCAUUGUACCUAUUAUAUUUCUCUUCCAGAUUGCUCGAGCUCCGUCCUAAGUGGAAGUGUUAGCAAUCUGUAUAAAAAGGUUUGCUACGAUUAGGGUUGACAGGCUCCA